AGUAACGUUGCCAGAUUUUCUAACAAUAGUUCACAGUGGCUGAGAAAUGCAAAUACCUCCAAUAACAAAGAUGAUGCACCAGUUCCCAGAAGUGGCUAUUUCUAGAAAUCGCUAAGCGUAAGAAAUAUAUUUCAAGGAAUACCUCAAAUACCUUAACGUUUAAUGAAUCCUCAUACAUGAUAAUGUAUGCACUUUUGAAGACAAUAUUCGUCUGUACGUAGUUCGGCGCAUGUGCAGUUUAAACAUAGGCUAGCCUAACACACGAGGUACAGUUUAAUAAACAAAGUGUGCCGGUUUUGUAUUUGACCAAUUCACAAUUGAAUGUAUAAUGCCAUCAAUAAAGACACUACAGUAUUGAAAGUAGUCAAACAAAUUUUUCAUUACUGAUACUACCACGUGGAGAACAUUAUGCUUGCACGAAGACUACAACACACUGUGCUUUCUAACCUCUGUAAAAUAUCGCGAUGCCGGUUGAUUCGAUCGUUUUCUGAAGAUGGAAAAAAGGAUGGACCACAAGAUAAUGAGCCCGAGAUUUCCAAACUCUUGGACGAUGCUGCUAAUUUCAAUGAAGCUAAUGACACACAGUGGGCUACUACACCCUACCCUGAGGGUGCAUCGAAGGAACUGGAUGAUCUUGAUGCACCACGUGAAAAGUUGAAUCCUCGAGACAGCUCUUUAAUUCUGUUUCCUGGUCAGGGAAUAUUAAAAGUAGGUGAUGUUAAGGAAUACAUGCAUUUCCCAGCUGCUAAGGAACUCUUUGAGAUAGCCAAAGAGUGUUUGGGUUAUGAUUUACUAAAAAUCUGUCUCCGUGGACCACAAGAGAAAUUAGACAGGACAGAAUACAAUCAACCUGCAACGGUAGUGGCUUCUUUAGCUGCACUAGAAAAGCUUCGUGAAGAAAGGCCACAAGUUUUAGAAACUUGCAGAGGUGUGGCUGGAUACAGUGUGGGUGAACUGACUGCUCUGAUAUUCUCUGGAGCUAUGUGCUUCGAAGAUGGAAUUAGAUUAGUUGGUGUCAGAGCAGCAGCGAUGCAAAAAGCAGCUUCACAAAGUCCUCAAGGAAUGAUAUUUGCCUAUUGUACUCAAACUGCUGAAGUUAGUUCUAUCUGUCAAAAUGCUAAGACAUGGGCUAUGAAUGCAGGAAGUCAAAUCCCUGAAUGCAGUAUUGCCAUCUAUUUAUACACUCAAGCCAAGAUCUUUGGAGGAUGUCAGAAUUCUCUUUUAUACGUAGAAGAAAAUGCAUCGAAAAUGGGAUUACGAAAAUUGAAAAGACUUCCAGUGUCUGGAGCGUUUCAUACAAGCUUGAUGGCACCUGCACAAGAACCUUUAAAAAAAGCCAUACGUACUAUUGAAUAUCAAGAUCCUAUAAUUCCAGUAUAUUCAAAUGUCACUGCUAAACCAUAUACAAGUGCGAGGAAAAUCCCUAAAAACUUGCUGAAGCAGCUGGUACGGCCAGUCAAGUGGGAACAAAUAAUGCAUAACCUUUAUGCACGUCCACCAGGGACAGCAUUUCCAAGAACAUUCGACGUCGGUUCCAAAGGUAGCCUGAAGGCCAUUUUGAAACAGGUGAACGCCAAGGCUUGGGACAACUGUAUAGUAGUAUAGUAAAAAUUGUCCUAAAUCUAAAUAUCAAAUGUUAUGCAUUUUUGUACAUACUUUAUACGUGUAAAUAAAAAUGUGUCGCUUAUAUAAUUGCA